UUUUUUUGGUUUUGGACUCAAACAGCCGUCCAAAUGUGAGCCCAUUUUAUCCACGGUAAUUGUUCAAAUCAUUUUUUUUUUCUCCAGUGUUUCACGAUCUGAUUGCAGGAUGUAACUCUCAGAAAUAAACGUCUAAUAAACAUCCAUAUAACAUUUUAUCGGCACAAUGUUUCAAGCUCACGCAUACAUAAACAAAUCUGAAAUACUAACAGUUAUACCACGACCCCGGUCCUGAGAGUGAGGCUCCAAACAAAAAAAAAACAAACAAAGCAUUUAUAAAUAAAUAAACCCAAACAAGGAACACAGAAUCAGUCUCUAUCAUUCCGUCAUGUUGCGCCAAUUUCACAUGGGCGUUUCUUUUGUGUCCUGUUCCCUUGGUGUAAUGUUCUGUGUCAACACUUAGGGAUAUAAGAACAAUGAACACUUUGCCUCACCGCAGUCUUUUCCAACCAAACUAUCAUCAAGUUCCUGGACAUACAUCUACCGAAAGAAAAACAUCGAAGUACAUUGGUUUCUUAAUGGAAAAAGAGAUCUUCUAAAUAAGAAACAGAUGCAUUGACAUUUUUAGUCUGUCUGCUGAAAAUUACCGGUCCUAAAGGACUGGUUUUUCAGGGGGUGAGAAACAGUGAGGAGCAAGCAAACCUGUGAUGAGCCCCCUGAAUUCAACCUCCUUUAUUAACGCCACCAUUGUGCGUCCUGAGUUCUUUUUCAUAAGUGGUUUUGCCGGUAUUCCCCACACAAAAUACUACUAUGUGUUCUUGUGCUUGUGCUUUGCUCUGACUCUACUGGGAAAUGCUUUUGUAAUGUUUGUGAUUUACACUGACCACUGUCUUCACACUCCAAAAUACAUUGCAGUGUUUAAUUUGGCUGUGUCCGACUUGUGUGGAAGCACUGCACUUGUUCCUCAGUUGAUCGACACCUUGCUGUUUAAAUCACAUCUAAUCUCCUACGAGGCCUGCUUGACUAGUAUGUUCUUUGUUUUUUGGUUUGUCUCUGUGCAGUCUCUCACUCUCACUGCUCUAUCCUAUGAUAGAUUUGUUGCUAUAUGCUUUCCACUGAGAUACAAUGAGAUUGUGACUAGUAAAUCAAUGUUGGUGAUCACAACCAUAUUAUGGAUUUUUGCAGGAAUGGCUGUUAUCAUGGCUGUGAUUUUUAUCAACAGAAUAUCAUUCUGCAAAUCCGUUGAGAUAAACAGCUAUUUCUGUGAUCUUGGACCGAUACACCUUUUGGCAUGCAAUGACAACACUCCAAGUGCUGUGAUUCACUGGACACAUCCUGUUAUAAUUCUCUGGUUACCGGUACUUUUUAUCACAGGUACAUAUAUUUCUAUAGCCAGAGCAUUAUUGAAAAUUGCAGAAGCCUCUGAGCGCCUCAAAGCCAUGAAGACCUGCACCUCUCAUUUGAUCUUGGUGGGUGUGUUUUAUCUUCCUAUAUGUAUCACAUAUGCAAUGGGCUCAGCCAUUCAACUGAACACCAGGAUUGUGAACAUGUCUCUGGCGACUGUCUUGCCACCUAUGCUGAAUCCAAUCAUAUACUCUCUGAAGACAGAGGAAAUCACAGAAUCCAUUAAAAAGCUGUACAGAAGAAACAAGAUACACAUUGUUGUACGGAAUAAAUUAAAAAAAAAGAUUAAUCACAAAUGAGUGACUGGCAAAUUUGACAAUGUUAAUUUUUUUCACAGACUUAUAAAUGCAAAAAAAUUUCAAACAUUUCGCAAAAUGUUUUACACAUUUAGUUAAAUAUUCAGUUAUAUUUUUGAUACAUUCAGUUAAAUUUUUCUUAAAUUGGGUAAAUGUUUCAUAUAUUUAGCUAAAUGUUUUGUACAUUUGGCUAAAUGUUUUAUUUAUUUAGAGAAUCAGAUUAUGGUUAAGCAGGCUUUAGGAAACAUGAAUCCUGUAGAUCAAGGGUAGCCAACCCAGGUCCUAGAGCUGCAGGGUCGGCUGGUUUUUGUUUUUAGUCGGCACCUAAUUGAUCAAUUAAAGCAGUCGAUUUCACAGUUAACUCACUUCACCAGGUUUAUAAUUGGUUGUUGUAUUUAAGGUAAAUGGUAAAUGGACUGCAUUUAUAUAGCGCUUUUAUCCAAAGCACUUUACAAUUGAUGCCUCUCGUUCACCAGAGCAGUUAGGGGUUAGGUGUCUUGCUCAGGAGCACUUCGACACGCCCAGGGCGGGGAUCGAACCGGCAACUCUCUGACUGCCAGACAACCGCUCUUACCUCCUGAGCUAUGUCGCCCCCAAGGUGAAUACAAAAGGCAGAGACACCCCUGUCACAAUGUUUUAUUAAGAUUUCAAUGCCACUGAAAUGCCCUGAAUGUAAUCGAAAAUAAAGCUAACUGUAUUUCAAUGAUGGUGUGUUUGUUCUGACCGACGCAUGCCAUAGUCAAUGUUAUUGUGUCCGCUCUGCUUUAGUGUCAUAUGUAUGCUAUGCUUAUAUGUGCAUUUGUUUUGUCUACAUGUCAUUGUCUGCUAAUCUGUCCUUUCAUGUUUUAUUGUCUCUCUUGAGUCAUUUAUUUCAUUUUUUAUCUUUGUAACACAUGCAUUUUAAUUUUAUUUUAUUUGAAAUUUUAGGCUGACUUUUAAACAGCUGGCCAGGAAAAGCAGAUGAAAACUAGCCUUUCAGGCUAACUCUGGCUCAUUUAAGGUUUGACUGUUGAUUGGUGUGCCUUGUCCAGACACGUGCACAGAUAGACCUCAAGGGGGGCUUGAGCCCCUGCCCUUUUGCCCUCUCACUCGACGAGUGCCCUUUUGGUCGGUGGCAUUUAUAAUUUGUCUUGUAUAUAAAAUACAAUUUAUAAAUAC